AUGAAGUUGGAUAGCGAUGAUUCUCGACGUGAGAGUGAAACGAAAGGGAAGCGGAAGAGGAGCAGACGAAGCCUUUCGCAGAGUCCAAGCUCGGAUUGGGAUCCAGCAGUAAGUUUGCGCGUUGUGGCGAUAUGCUCGUCGAAGAAAAAAAAAAGAUUUCCUCGCAUCCGCCUUGCCUGUCAGGGCUUGCUCAUCACGUGCGUUUCCUACCAACGGCCACACAGGAGAUUUGGUGCUACAAUUGUGCCUCUCGAGGAUCGCAUUGGGGCGAUGAUUGCCCAGAGCGCUACAAUGCAAGGGGAGAUCCUUCUGCCUAUUCCCACUUCAUGUCCUUGGCAGGUCCCUUUGGCUCCAUGUUCGCCUCUCGAGCCCCGCUUGCGCAGAGCACUGCUCGUACCAACGAGCACAUUCGCUUUGGCGAAUCCACCAAUCACGCUUUCGACUUUGAUCUGGGAGACGGAGCGUCCAUCAGGCUGGCUCAGGAUCCUUCCAGGCACGCUGCUAGCAUCGUGGAUCAACUGAUCGAUAGCGGAAGAGCGACUGGCAGGGAUAAAAGAGCGAGGGGACCACCUUCCAGACGCGGUCGAGUUGGCGGUGGUGAGAAUGCGCAAGGCUCAUCGCACUCCAGCUCGAUGCCUACGAGACGCAGGGCGGAGAGGUAUCAGGAUGCAACCGACGCACCUCGCAACGCUCGUCUGCAGCAAAGAGAGGCCCAAUCGGCGCAGCAAAAGCAGCGCGAGCGUGAGAGGGAGAGGGAGAGAGAAAGGGACAGCGAGGAUUCUUUGCGGAGCGGUAGCAGCAGCAAGAAGUCGAGGAGAAAGAAGCGCGCAAAGGAUCACGUGGACGAUUGGUUCGAUAGACCUUCCGCUGCCACUACGUCGCGCAAACAUGCCGCUCAGAACGCUUCAUCGCUAUCUGAUAGGAUGUCAGGUUCGGUGGGGCAGAAGAACAAGUCGUCCAUCUCCAAUGCAUCGGCGGGCAAGGAACAACGAAGGCAGCGUCGAAGAGGGGAACCCGAGUUUGGGCGCUUUGCUAGGGCCGACGGAGCGGAGCAUUCUAGACCCGCUAGCACUUUUCGACCUCAAUUCCACGGCGACUACUGA